AGCCCCAGUAAGGGGAGGGGUUGGAAGAAGCCCCAAAGCAGAAAAUGGUCGAUUGGGAGCCGUUCGGAAGGUGAAGCUAGUAAGCCUCGAGAGAGAACGGCUUUCCUGCCUGCUCUCGUCACCCGAGCUGUCUUCGUCCUGCCAUCAGUAGUGGGCACUGGUGCUGCACGAAACUGGCCCACGAGAGAGCAGAAGCAGCAGCAAGAAGCGGCCACUGUGGCAUCAUGAAGCAGCUGCUGCCGCCCCGAGAGGAGGUGGGGGGGAAGGACCCGGAGUGAGGAGGAGCCGCAGCGGCGGGUUCUGCUGCUCUCUGCGCGUCCUGCGCUCCUUGUUUGGGCUUUCGGGCGCCCCGCGGCAGCAAAAUGGAGCCCUUUCCCAGUAACGAUCGAAUUCAGUUACCUAGGAAUAUGAUUGAAAACAGUAUGUUUGAAGAAGAACCUGAUGUGGUUGACUUAGCUAAAGAACCUUGCUUGCAUCCAUUAGAGCCUGAUGAAGUGGAGUAUGAACCAAGGAGCUCUCGGCUUUUAGUACGCGGUCUUGUAGAACAUGAAAUAGAUGAAGAUGAAGAAGAUUGUGAAUCAUCAGCCAAACUUCUAGGAAUGUCAUUUAUGAAUAGAAGCACAGGCCUGCGCAAUAGCACCACAGGCUACAGGCAGAGUUCAGGUGGAUCAUGCUCUGCACCAUCUGUAAGGACCACAGUGAUCUGUGCUGUUAUUCUUGUGAUUGCUGUUUCUGUAAUAAUGGCAAUCUAUCUCCUUCCUAAAUGUACCUUUACCAAAGAAGGCUGUCAAAAGAAAAAACAGACAACAGUAUAUCCUCUUGCAAGCAAUGGACAGCCCUUUCCAUGGGCAAGUAGUAGACUUCCAGGUGCUGUUAGGCCACUGCAUUAUGCUAUUGUGUUACAGCCAAACCUAACCAGUCUGAUGUUUUCAGGUUCUGUUCAGAUAACUGUGAAUGUCCUUGAAGUUACAUGGCAUAUCAUACUGCAUAGCUCAAGACUAAAUAUUACCAAGGCAACUCUUACUCUGUCGGGCUCAAGCCAACCAAAACCAGUGGAGUUUCUGGAAUAUCUCAUGAAUGAUCAGAUUGCAAUUUUGGCUCCAGAGGCUCUCCUUGCUGGACACAACUAUAUUUUAAACAUGGAAUAUUAUUCUAAUUUAUCUGACACUUAUUAUGGUUUUUACAAAAUUGCCUACAACAGUUCAACAGAAAGGUGGCUUGCAGCAACUCAGUUUGAGCCCCUGGCAGCAAGAUCAGUUUUUCCUUGCUUUGAUGAGCCAGCAUUCAAAGCCACUUUUCAAGUCAAGGUCAGGAGGGAACCACAACAUUCUGCUCUGUCCAAUAUGCCAAAGAUAAACACCACUCCUGUGAUAGAUGGAAUUGUUCAAGAUGAGUUCUCCAUGAGCCUGAAAAUGAGCACCUACCUAGUGGCAGUCAUUGUUGGAGACUUGGCCAAUAUUAGCAAGGAAACAACUGGGAUUCUGGUGUCUGUCUAUGCUGUGCCACACAAGUUAGACCAGGCUGAAUAUGCGUUGGACACAGCAGUGAAGCUUCUUGAGUUUUAUCAGAAGUAUUUUGAUAUAAAGUACCCUCUUCCCAAAUUAGAUUUGGUAGCUAUUCCUGAUUUUCAGGCAGGGGCUAUGGAAAACUGGGGCUUGAUCACUUUCCAAGAAACAAAGCUCCUUCAUGAUAAUAAAACAUCUUCGGCAAUGGAUAAGAAAAAGAUAACAGCAGUGAUUGCACAUGAGCUGGCACAUCAGUGGUUUGGCAAUCUUGUAACUAUGGAAUGGUGGAAUGACUUGUGGCUGAAUGAAGGAUUUGCCACUUUUAUGGAAUACUUUGCUAUGAAUGAAAAUUUCCCAGAUUUAUUUACUAAUGAUGAUUUUCUAAAUCUGCGAUUUAAGACAAUGGUGAAGGAUUCCCUGAAUGCCUCUCACCCCAUCUCUCUUGCUGUCCAGUCUCAGAAGGAGAUUGAGGAAAUGUUUGACACAGUCUCCUAUGGCAAGGGAGCUUCUCUCUUGUUGAUGUUGAAGAACUAUCUCAGUAAUGAUAUCUUCAAAGCUGGCAUUCAGAGUUAUUUGCAUGACCACAGCUAUAAUUCUACCCGUAGUGAUGACUUAUGGGAUAGCAUGACCAAGGUCACACAUGGAGGAGUGGAUGUUAAAAAGCUUAUGGAAACAUGGACUCACCAGAAGGGAUUUCCUUUAGUGACAGUUACAACAAAAGGAAACCAGAUUUUUCUGACACAGGAGAGACUCACACAGAACGUGGAAUUAAAAAAUCAGACCAUGCAUUCAAGUUCUUUGUGGGAUAUACCUCUUUCCUACAUCAUCAGCAAUAGCAGUUCUUUCUUCUCCUCUUUUGCACAUUUACUGGUCAACAAGUCAGAUAUUAUUACGCUUCCAGAUAAAGUGAUCUGGGUCAAGUUCAACGUAGAAUCGAAUGGCUACUACAUUGUGCAAUAUGACGAUGAUGGUUGGAAGGCUUUGAUUCAAUUGCUGAAGGAAGAUCCCACUGCUCUGACAUCCACUGACAGAGCUAAUCUGAUCCAUAACAUUUUCAAUCUAGCAAGUUUAGGACUGGUAUCACUGGACAGGGCCUUUGAUCUGAUUGGGUACCUAGUGAAAGAAAACAGCACUGCUCCAAUUACAGAAGCAUUGUAUCAAGUGAAUCAUAUCUACAAUUUAGUUGAAAAAAGGGGAUUGCUAACUCUUGCUGCAAAAAUAGUGAAAAAGGUAGAAAACAUGCUUGGAGAAAAUAUUAAGAAACAAACAUGGACAAACAAAGGGAGCCUCUCAGAACAAGAGUUGCAAUCAAGUCUUCUAACUUUUGCCUGCUCUCAUAACUUAGGAAACUGCAGCACUACUGCCACAGUGCUGUUUAAUAAGUGGAUGAAUUCCAGUGGCACCAAAAGUCUGCCAACAGAUGUUAUGAAGAUCAUAUUCACAGCUGGAGCAAAAACUGAAAUUGGCUGGCACUUCCUUUUGAAAAUGUAUUCCUCUUUGGUUUCUGAAGCAGAAAAGCUCAAAAUCCUUGAGGCACUAGCCAGCACAGAUAAUGUUGGAAAUCUGAUCAGGUUGAUGCAAAUAAGUCUUGGAGGAAUCCAGAUUAGAUCACAGGAUCUUUCACUCAUUCUAAGGAAAGCCAGCCAGACUUUGCCUGGGCACUUAGUGGCCUGGGACUUCGUCAAAGAGAAUUGGAAUCAACUUAUAAGAAAAUUUCACAGUGGAUCAUUCACAAUUCAAAAUAUUGUGACUUCGACAACUCAUCACUUCUCAACAGAGGAACAUCUGCGUGAGGUGAAAGCUUUCUUUGAGUCUAAGUCGGAGGAGACUGUUCAACUCCGAUGUGUCCAAGAAGCCAUCGAGACAAUUCAGCUAAAUAUCCAGUGGAUGAAUAUAAACUUGAAGAAUUUGGAGAAGAUGCUGCUGUGAUGUUUGCAGAGCCCCCAGAGCUCAUAUUAGCCACUUGGAAUGCUGCGAUUCUUACUCUUUUUUGCUUUAGCAAAAAGCGGGGUUGAAAAUUGGCAGUGCAACUUUUCUUUGCACUGUGAGAGGAUUUUAGUUAGCUCAGGGUAUAUUUUUUCUAAGCUGGCUCUCUUUGGAGUGGACUGGAUGUUGUUGCUUUUUAAGGGAGUAGUCAUUCAUUGACCAAACAUCUACGCAAAAAGGAGACAACUUUUAAUAUUGUUGCACACCUCCCUUCCAUUUGAAAUUGAGUUCCAUUUUCUAAAAUUUGGAUAACGACUCAACAAGAGCAACAAGGCAACAACUCCCCUGAGAGCAGGUUUCCUUUGUAGAUUGCUGUUUGAUCCACCUUCUUCGUUGUUGGCAAUUUCCUGUGUUGUAAAUACCAUACUUGUGGAGCACAUGUGUUUGUUUGUUUAAGUACCAUGAUUCUAAAUGGCUGCUAAAGCAUAUAAAGUGGAGGUGGAAGAAAUGUAUUAUUGUUUUCAGUGUAGCUGAGUGCUACUGAAACUGUAUACUAGAUAAGCCAAACAAUUCUUAUUUUCAAAAGUUGAAAGGGGGAGAAAAUUGUGUACAGUUUAGUAAAUGAGAUUGAUAAGACUAACAAAAACCACCUCCUUGUAUACUUAGUGCUGUUGAAGCAAUGCUACAGAACAUUGUACAGGCAGUUAUUCUGCCUGAUUUGAUACUUUUAUUGCUGAUUUCUGACCUUUAUUUACUUUGCAUCUUUUUAAGAGUCUUCAUUAACAAAAUGUCACAUCAUUAAUUAAUGUAUGCCACAGAGCUUUAGUUCUACAUGACCCCGUCCUGGAAAUCUUGCUUUAAUUUAUAUGUUCUAUGAUGGAGCAACAAUGCUGGGGCAAAGCUGAAAUGUAAGUUUUUGUAUAGACGACCCAAGACAAGUUAAAUUUACUAAAGGGUAUGCAAUUCAAAGGCACUUCAGGUGUAUAAAUAUAGUUUAGGCCACUCUUAAGAAAUACAUAGUGUAUAGAAGGGCAAGGAAAGCUUUCAAAACCAAAUUGUCUCCUUAAUGAUAAGAAUGGAAGACUGGAAUUCUUUGAGGAGCUGCAUUUCAUCAAGAUUGCCAUGGUAAUGUCUGUCUUGAUUCAUCACAUAUAUAGCUUAAUGUUUAUUACAAUAACUAGGUUUUCAACUAUGAAGAAAAUGAAACGGAAUAAGAGAAAUGCAUAUAAGUCAUUGAAAGUAAUGUGUUUAGGCUAAGGGCAAACUCCUCAAUAGUCUUAGGUAGCUCCAUUUUUCAAACUGCUCAGAAGCAGCUCACCUUGAUACAAUCAGAGGGAAAAAAUUACCUACCACUUACUCUUUGAAUGAAAAUAAAUAAUUUCCUUUAAGGUUAUGUCUUUAGAAGUGUUGCCAUGACCUUGUGUUGUCCUGGACAGAGGGUGUGAAUUGCUCCGUGUUCUCUUCCGUGCUUUCUGAUAUGCUCUCCUGGCUGUACCUUCUCCUAUAAACUGAUCCUAUCUUCAGUUUGUUAAGUUACAGUAGUGAUGGAUUUAAACCUGUAGAAUAAGAGCCCCAUUAAUUUCCUUUCUUGGGUCAUUUAACACUAUUCUGCAGCAUAUAGAGGUGCUUGCUACUGGAAACAUGAAGUGUACUAGAAAAUAUAGUGCACCAGUAUCUUCAAAUUAAGAAUAUAAUGUUAAAGCACUCUUUUCAAUUAUUUCUUUUUUUAGUAUGGAAUUCAGAUUUUGUUAUGUGAUGAAUAGUCAUGUGUAUUCUUUGCUUGCCUAUGCCUGGAAUGAGAUCCAAUCCCCAGUAGAACCAAUCAAAGCUUUCUCACUUCCCUCCUAAAACUGCAAGUCAAAUAUAGCUUUGAUUCUAACAAGCUUUGAUUUCUUUUUAAUUUCCUGUUGGUUCACUGGAAGUUGGAGUGGUUGGGCUGUCCUUUAUUCUUUAAAUUCAAGCCAAAGCAGCAGUUCACAGAUAUCAAGUCCUGUGUUAGAUGACCUUUAAUCUGUGCUGUACUGUUCCUAUCAGAAUAAUAAUGCACUGUAGUGAUAUUCGGAGGUCUUUUCUGUAGUUUAAUAAUAUGCAGUGAUUCUUGCUCAAGUAAAGAAUUUUCUACAAUGUUUUAAGACACAUAUAGGGCUAUUAAUAGUAUACUUUCAUAAAUGGUGAAAUCUCAGUUCUGUUUAAUAUUCCUUAGCUUUGGAAACAUCUGAAGCUGGUUGUGUUCAAAGUUUCUAUGCUGCUGUGGUAUCCUACUCAACAGUAUCCCCUCUUUGUGCAUGUGUGCAUGCCCCCCCAUAGCUUUGCUGUUGUCACUCCUCAGUUCUAAGAUUUUGUCAGAGAGAAUUUUUCAUUUUUUUCAGCUUCCUUUCUCAUCAACCUCCAUGUGAAGAAAUGCAUCACAGAAAUUUUCAAGCAGUACCCACUGCCCCCCUUUAAUCAUGUUCUGAAUUGGUUUUUAAAUCUUUCUGGGAUGUGGGUUUUUUGCAAGGAAAGAAUUUGAAUAGGGAAAAUCUUGGUUGUAUUUAAUCUAAUAGUAGCAAUUAUUCAUGUGCCUUAUGGAGUGACUGUGAAAGGAAUAUAUUGGUGUAUAUAAAGAAAGUCUGUAUUUUUUACACUCUCCUUUCACAACUGUUGUCUUACCUAUAGGAAGGUGUGUAUUGUUAUGGUUAUUGAAUGAAUGAGGAAAAACCCUUUUUUAAAGCCCAUUUUGUUGGCAUGCCUUGCAAUAAAACUGAUUUUUAGGUCCUUGGGACUAGAAGUCAGUUACUGUGAUCCAAAACUCUAUGGUGUUCUGAUGUACACUGCGAGUGGCACACAAGCAAGAAUUUUGCUGUUAAUGUCAGUGACAGGAAACAUGGAGCAUUCACUGAGGCUAAAAACAAGCAUCUGUUAUCUGUUAGGGGUAUGCAUUUGACUAAAUCCAAGCCUCCCCCCCCCCUCAAAAAAAAAACUCCUGAAAGAUACCUUAUUUCGUAUUCUUGGAUAUUCUUUCAGUGAGAUAUAGAUUUGGCUAUUUUUCUGUUUAUCUGAAAUGGCUGUGCCCCCAAAAUCUUGAAAAUAUUCCUAGAAAUAUUUGGGAUUUUUUGGGACAACCAAGUAGUCAAAGUUAAAGGGUGUUUGGGAUUGCAGUCCCUUUAAAUUGCCUUCUGGGUGAACCUGCCACUUGGACAAUGUGUUUAAAGGGGCUGGAAGCCUUCAAAGUUUACUAGUGGAGUUGUGGCUUGGAGGGACAAAGAUUCUUUUAAACACAUUUCCCCCCUUGAAAUCAGUGGGGGGAUGGGGGCACCUUCUUUGUGGGUCCAUAGAAUUGGACCUCUUGGUCCAAUCUUUUUGAAACUUCUGUGGGGUUGUAGAGAGGCACCAGCAGCUAUGCUGCAAAAUUUUGUGCUUCUACCUUUAAAAAAAACAGCUUCCCAGAUAACUCUUGGAUCAAUUUUCCAUUAUACUCUAUGAGAUUUGGGAAUAUUGGAAAAUACUGAUUUUGGGGGAGGGGUGAUAUUCUCAAACUUGAAAAAUACAAAAAAAAUAUUUGCAUACCCCUGCUGCUAAUAUGUUUUCUCAAAGGGUCUUGCUUAUGCUCCUCAAAUCAAGUGCUCAGCUGACUGUAACUGAAUAGGUUUCAAUCCAAGUCUGAUUUACAGUGUCUAGGUAUCAGCCUUAGUUAUCAAGUCUUCGAAUGCUUUAAGUACAAUUUGUAGUAUUCUGCUGUUGAACUUUAAUGUUAGACCAGGGGGAAAUGCUUUUCAGUGAUUCAUCUCUCAUGUGAACAUCAUACACUGUAAAAAUGCAUAGAAGUAUUGUCUGUUACUUUUCUCUAAGAAUGAAAGUUAGAUGCAGUGACCAAAUCACUAAUGUGAGUUGGGUUUAUUUUUUAGCUCUAGGUCAGAGAAAGAAUUUUUGAACCACAUUUUCAUCUUUGAAACAGUUGCAUACUUUUUAUAGGUGGGGAAACAAUAAUAGCAGUCACUGUGUCUCAUUUUGAGAUGGAUGAUGCAAGCUUUCCAUGAACUUUAGUCCAGUCUGUUAACAGAUAGAAAUGGGGGUUUGAAGGUGUCAGUCUGAAGAGUCAAACUGCAUUUUUGUUGUACAGAAGUCCCGAGAUGCUUUUAAAGUCACAUGGUCUCAUGGUAUUGGGAGCUGCUGUGUGCAUUUCAUCAGGGAAUUCUGAAGCUGUUACUCAGCUAGUUUAGUCUCUCCAGUUGCUCAGUGCUUUCUUCCAUUCAGAAACUUGGAAAAGAGAAGGAAACUAUCAUGAAGAGCACAUACCAUAUCAGAUAUUGGAGACAUUAUAUUCAAAGUUAUGUAUGAGCACCCUGAGAAAUCUGCUUUUGUGUGUUGGGAAGGAAACACAGCCUUCUGUCUUGCUUUUUUUUUUAAAGCAAGAGUUGUACCCAAACAAUAUAGCCAAGCCUUUUGAAAUCAUCUGUAGCUAAAACAAUGUUGCAUAAUUCUUUCAAAGCACAGAUACUUUUCAGACUGAUUAUCUUAAAACUGAGAUUGAUCUUUUUUGAAUUCUCACAUGGCAACUGCGUGCAUACUAGUUUGCAUUUAAUUUUGUUUCUUUCUAGGGAUGUUGAUGGGGGAAGACAGUAAGGGAGGAUUUUUUUUUAUAAUGGAUCUUGUUGGUUUUAAGGUAUCUGCCAUACCUAAAACUGGACAUACAUUUUAAAAAUAGUACUUCAAGGAAUGUGAUUGUGCCACUUUUCCUUGGAAGCAACAUGCUUCAGGAUGCUGACCUUCAAACUGAAUACUUACAUGAUUAUACAUCUUUCACCUGUUCUCUAUUAGAUAAUACAGUCAUUUGCAUAAAUUGGUUUUCUUAAUCUCUUUGUACUCUGAACUUUAUUGUUUCAUUAACUGUACAGUUUUUGAAUGCAUUUCAUGAAUCUAGAUUUCUGUGUGUGUUUCAGAUUAAGGAAUGCAGGUCUAAAGCCUCAUUCUAGUCAGGUGCAUGCUAUAUAGCCUUCCUCUUCCAACACAUGUAGAAGACAAUGCAGGGACACACUCCUGAGUAGUUGUUAUAUCUUGUUUUUACUUAUUCUGUGUCAUGUUGCAACUGUGUCAUGUUUUGUCAUGUAGGUAAUGAAGUGGUUGUUAAAGUUUUAGCCACUUUAAAAUUGUCAUUUGCCAUACUUAAGCUCUCAGGUCAUAGUUUUUCAUAAAUUAAACCUCCUAGGUUUGCUUUGUUACUUAAACCUGCUGUUGUAGUAGAAAUACAGACCUUUACACGUGAUGUUAUUUUGAUCAAAGCAAUGAUCUGGCAUCUUUUUCCAGUUAGUCAUGGCACCAUGUAGCAAAUUACUGUAAAAAUCUGAAAUAGUUACCUUUUUUAAAAUGUGGAAUGCUAUGAUGCUUGAAAGCCACUAAAGGCUUUUGAUGUUCAAAGAAAGAGUGGAUUUUUCAGAGUAAAUUUGCAGCAGAUCUUUGGA